AUGGUGUUCGAUAAGAAACAUUUGCUGCUUCUGCUGGACCGUCCGCGUGAGCCAGUGUUCAUGGGCAAGGGGCGCGUAGUUUUCGAUGUGCCGGACAAUUACCUGACGGACCGGUACCGCCCGAUCGGGUCCGAAAUCCAGAAUCGGUUUGGUGAAAACGCCGAGGAGAGGGUCACCGUGCGCAGUAUCGCCCUGCCCGAUCUGCGUAUACCGAUGUCGCUCGGGCGCCAAGAACAAUUCUCGCUCUUCAUUCCACGCCACCGAAAAAUCGCCGCACGCUUGAUUGACAUCUUCAUGGGAAUGCGCAACGUGGAGGAUCUGCAGAGCUGUGCCGUUUUCGCUCGCGACCGCAUCAAUCCGUACCUGUUCAACUAUGCGCUAUCGGUUGCCCUGCUUCACCGGAAGGAUACGCACGACCUCGAUCUGCCGACGAUUAUCGAGAUCUUCCCGGACAAGUACGUCGACUCGAAAGUGUUCUCUCAGAUACGAGAAGAAGCCACCGUGGUGCCGGAAGGCAUGCGUAUGCCGAUCGUAAUCCCGAAGGACUACACCGCUUCCGAUCUGGACGAGGAACAUCGCCUGUGGUACUUCCGCGAGGACAUCGGUGUCAACCUGCACCAUUGGCACUGGCAUCUGGUGUAUCCGUUUGACGCGUCCAACCGAGCGAUUGUAGAUAAGGACCGCCGGGGAGAGCUGUUCUACUACAUGCACCAGCAACUGGUGGGCCGUUACAAUUUCGAGCGCUUCAGCAAUCGGCUGCAGCGCGUCAAGCGGCUAAACAAUCUGCGCGAACCAAUACCCGAAGGAUACUACCCGAAGCUAGACUCGCUCGUGGCGAGCCGGGCCUGGCCGGGACGCAUUGACGCGACUGUGCUGAAGGAUUUGAACCGCGAAGCGGACCAGAUCAAGCAGGACGUAGCCGAUUUGGAGCGCUGGAUCGACCGCAUCUACGAGGCAAUCCAUCAGGGAUUCGUUGUUGAUGAAUCCGGCAACCGCAUUCCGCUCGACGAAGAGAAGGGCAUCGACCUUCUUGGCAACAUCAUCGAGUCGUCCACCCUUUCGCCGAACCGGCAGCUGUAUGGCGAUAUGCACAACAUGGGCCACGUCUUCAUUUCGUACGCGCACGAUCCGGACCACCGGCACCUGGAGUCGUUCGGGGUGAUGGGAGAUGUGGCGACGGCCAUGCGAGAUCCCGUCUUCUAUCGCUGGCACUCGUACAUCGACGACAUCUUUCAGGAGCACAAAAACAAACUAACGCCGUACACACGGUCCCAGCUCACUUUCGACGGUGUGUCCAUCACCGACGUCACGGUGCAGCCGGAGGACGGUCCAGCGAACACGUUCCAGACCUUCUGGCAGCAGUCGGACGUGGAUCUGUCGCGCGGAAUGGAUUUCGUACCGCGAGGCAACGUUUUCGCACGAUUCACGCAUCUGCAGCAUUCGCCGUUCGUCUACACCAUCAUGAUCGAAAACGAUUCCGACGCCCAGCGAAUGGCAUUCGUGCGAAUUUUCCUCGCCCCCAAAAAUGACGAACGUGGCACGCCAAUGGUGUUCCGGGACCAGCGUUUGUUUAUGAUCGAACUGGACAAAUUCCUAGUUGCGUUGCGCCCCGGAUCUAAUCGGAUUAGGCGCCGGUCAAAGGAGUCUACUGUUACCAUUCCCUUCGAGCGUACUUUCCGAAACUUGGACCAGAAUCGCCCGCAAGCGGAUACACCGGAGGAGGCAGAGUUUAACUUUUGUGGCUGUGGAUGGCCAGCGCACAUGCUCAUCCCCAAAGGACUACCGGAGGGGCUGCCGGCCGACCUGUUCAUUAUGGUGUCCAACUAUGAGGAGGAUCGGGUCAUACAGAACCUGGUGGGGACGUGCAAUGAUGCCGCUUCGUACUGUGGCGUCCGCGACCGCUACUACCCAGACCGUAAGGCUAUGGGCUAUCCGUUCGAUCGGGCUGCCCGUAGUGGCGUGGACCGGUUGGCAACCUUCCUCACGCCCAACAUGGCCGUUCAGUCGAUCAUGGUUGUGCAUAACGAUCGAACAGUCAACCGAACCGGUUAA